AACUCCGCCCCUGUCCCUUCCAGGGUCCGCCCCCUUUCCGCCCUGCUCCCGCCUGGACACAGGCAUUGGGCUACCGGGGAUUCUCCGCACCCGCCCCUGCCGGCCCUGACCAGCCUGCAGUAACUGGCCCCUAGGCCGCAGUUCUUUGUCCUUAGCAGGAGGCCGUUUUUUGCCGGGAGAGAGGGAUUGUCCGGCGUGGAUCUAGGGUCGUUGAGGCCUAAAGUGAAGCCUUUGUGGGGAGGACGGAUUGGGGGCUGGGUCACUUUAAGAAAAAGAUUUUAAAAUUCCGAAGGCAGAAUUCCAGGGAGUCUCCCGGGCCUGGUCCUGAAGCUUGAGACCCCGGAUAUAUACACUCCAGGGGGCUGCGGUGGGCUCUUCGGGUCCCCGAGCCCUGUGUUUCGGAACACGCGGGGACGUCCAAACACCCCCACCCCUUCCGCCAAGCGGGCUCCUUUGUCUUCUGGGCUUUCGUCGCGAGAUGGAACGCUGGGUCAGUGCAUCCCAGCAAAACACGUUAGGAGUAAACGAAGGUCUUUCCGGGGACCUGUGUAGUCGGUUGUAAUGGCGUUUGCCUGGGAUGCAGCACCUUUGGUGGGCCAUUAGAUGUCGUGUCGCUUCUCCAGGGACUUGCUAGGCACUAGCAGAAAUGCCCCCCCGUGCUUACUCGGUGUUAUGGAAGAUUGCUUGCACAAUGCUAUUCGUACGAAAGGAUAUUAUUAAAAGUGAUUUAUGGCCGGGCGCGGUGGCUUACGCCUGUAAUCCCAGCACUUUAGGAGGCCGAGGCGGGCGGAUCGCCUGAAGUAAGAGGAGUUCGAGACCAGCCUGGCCAACAUGGUGAAACCCUGUCUCUACUAAAAAUAGAAAAAUUAGCCGGGCGUGGUGGCAUGCGCCCGUAAUCCCACCUACUCGGGGGGCUAAGGCAGGAGAAUCGCUUGAACCCGGGAGGCAGAUGUUGCAGUGAGCCGAGAUCGCGCCACUGCACUCCAUCCAGCCUGGGCGACAGAGUGACUCCGUUAUCAAAAAAAAAAGCGGUUUGUUGUUUUGUUAGCAUGUGAGCCCUGGAUGCUUGAAAACAAGUGAAAGAUGUUCAGAAUCUAAUCAAAUUAUAUCAUUUGAUGCUUUAAUUAGAGCCUAUUCUUUCUUCCUCUCCGUCUAUAUAUGUAUGUAUAUAGAUUACUAUCCAUCACUGUUUUAAUGGAUAUCUUAUUGGAAGGGCUACAUAGUCACUAUUUCAAAAUAUAUGAACUCCGCCUAACACCUAUGGCAAAACAUUUCAGCACUCAGAGCUUUGUCAAGCAAGUUGGAGAUGGAGGGAGAUUAGUUCCUGUUCCAAGCCUCAGUGAAGCUGACAGAUAUCAACCUCUAAGUCUGGUGGUAAAAAAGAAGCGAUGCUUUCUGUUUCCUAGAUAUAAAUUUACUUCAACACCUUUUACACUGAAAGAUAUUCUCCUAGGAGACAGAGAAAUUUCAGCUGGUAUUUCAUCUUAUCAAUUACUGAAUUAUGAAGAUGAAUCAGAUGUUUCACUCUAUGGAAGGCGAGGUAACCAUAUUGUAAAUGACGUUGGGAUUAAUGUUGCUGGAUCAGAUUCCAUUGCAGUGAAAGCUUCGUUUGGUAUAGUAACCAAACAUGAAGUGGAAGUAUCAACAUUACUCAAAGAAAUUACUACACGAAAAAUUAACUUUGACCACAGCUUGAUACGUCAGUCAAGGAGCAGCAGAAAGGCAGUAUUGUGUGUGGUCAUGGAGAGCAUCCGAACCACACGACAGUGCUCACUGUCUGUGCAUGCUGGAAUUCGAGGGGAAGCAAUGCGGUUUCACUUUAUGGAUGAACAGAAUCCCAAGGGAAGGGACAAAGCUAUUGUUUUCCCAGCACAUACAACCAUAGCUUUCAGUGUUUUUGAACUCUUCAUAUACCUGGAUGGUGCCUUUGAUAGAAGAGUGAUGGAUGUCAUUUCUCGUUCACAGCUUUACUUGGAUGAUCUUUUUUCUGACUACUAUGACAAACCUCUCAGCAUGACUGAUAUUUCACUCAGAGAAGGGACCCAUAUCCGAGUUAACUUACUUAAUCACAACAUUCCCAAAGGGCCUUGCAUACUCUGUGGAAUGGGGAACUUCAAAAGGGAGACAGUUUAUGGGUGCUUUCAGUGUUCUGUUGAUGGUCAGAAGUAUGUGAGACUUCAUGCAGUUCCUUGUUUUGAUAUUUGGCACAAGAGGAUGAAAUAAAAUGAAAAAUGAA